ACCGCCCAUGCACCGUCAGUCAGGCUGCACCGGCGCAGAGCUGAGGGCCUGUUCUGAUCUGGUCCUGACUGAUCUGGACCCGGGUCUCACAGAAACGCAUCAAACCGAGCAAACGUCGCAUUGAGGCGCAGAGCUAGCAAACACUGCGUAGUAGCUUCUCCUGGCUGCUGCAUGGAGAGAGAGAGAGAGAGCUGCUCGGAGCCUCGGAGCCUGAUGGAGGAUGAUGUCAGUGUUUGAGGACGGGGACACAUUAGUCCAGGAUCAGGACGUGACUGCAGCGAACUCCGUGCAAAACAUGCAGGACGACGCGCUUCGAUCUGUGCACUGAUUAGAAACCGGGAUGCAUGAGACCGAGGUUACCAAGCUGAAGCUGUUUGAUCGAUCGAGUCUCAUUAAAGACCCACAGAGAGGGGACACGGUCCAGGUCCGGGUCCGGGUCCGGGUCCGUGUCUCUGCAGCCGCGCGCAGAGCUCCACAUCACGGGGCUGCAAAUCAAAAGGCUGCAGGUCUUACCGUAUCAGUCCGGACUCCAAGGCUCUGCUCGUCCAUCUCUCCUCCGGGAGGAUCCGAGGCAGAGCGGUAGUGGUUUCCCAAUGACGACAUCGGACAUGUGCAAAAGCUCGCACUGAGCGCAUGCAGCCAGCCAGACGGCAGGUGAGGCAGUCAGUCGGAGGGCGAGUGUGCAGAGAGACAGGAUGGAGAGAACGGAGAGGGGGAACAGGAUGGAGAGGACGCAGAGGGGGAACAGGACAGAGAGGACGGAGAGGGUGAACAGGGUGGACAUCUCCGUUCUGCCCAACAACAACCACCCGGAGAAGUUCCUGCAGCUGGACGUCCGGACUCUGCCGGGACUGUUUGAGGUGGGAGCGCUGGUCUCCAGUCAGAGACACUGGCAGAACAGGGUCUACUCUCAGAGAGAGCACAGCAGGUUGAAAACAGACAGCAGGCCUCCUCCCUCUCCGGAGAACGCUCAGGUGAUGUUCGUGGACAGAUACCUGGAGAGACACAUCACACCUGUCACCCUGAAGUCCAACAUCAAGACCAACCCGCUGUACAGGGACAUCAGAGUGACAGACACGGAGGACGCCAAGAAGACCAAACCGUCCUGGACCGUCAGAGAGUUCGACACGCAGACUGUCAACGGGAACCUGGCCGACUACCUGAAGGAGGAGGAGAAGACGGCCACAGACCUGGACUUCUGGCUGGAGGAUCUUUACACUCCAGGAUUCGACUCGUUGCUGAAGAAGACCGAAGCUGAACACAAGAAGAAGAAACUCUGCAGGAUCAUCUCUGCGGUCAUUCUGACCGUGUGCGUGAUUCUCAUCGUGAUCAUCGUGCCCGUUCUGGUUUUACAGAAGAGGAACUGAGAGAUGAGGACUAGACUGCCUCCUCACAGCUGGAACUGGAUCUGGACGGAGUAAGAUGCGUAACCUCUGAGGACCAUGAACGCUGCAUGUUUGAUAGUGUGCAGCUUCUUUCUCAGACAUGUCGCUCUGCAUGUAAAUGUUGGAGACAGAUGACCGAGAGAGAGAGAGAGAGAGAGAGAGAGAAAGAGAGAAAGAG